CAAUGCACACUGGGAUAGAUGUAAGUUUUCUCAAAACAUGGCGGCUGCUGGCCUUUCGGUAAUUUCAUCUUUCAACAACGACAAACGAAGUAUCUUGAAAAAUGAUGAGUUAUUUAAAGCCAAAAGCAACAAAGAAAUCAAAAUGGAGAUUGAAAUUGACAAAAGUCAUGAGGGAAUACAACAGUAUUACCUAGCUAAAAUUGAGGAACUUCAGCUCACAGUUACAGAGAAAGUAAAAAAUCUUCGAAGACUCGAGGCACAAAGAAAUGAAUUAAAUGCAAAAGUUCGAAUGUUACGAGAGGAAUUACAAUUAUUGCAAGAGCAAGGAUCUUAUGUUGGUGAAGUUGUCAAGCCAAUGGACAAGAAGAAAGUUCUUGUUAAAGUACAUCCCGAGGGAAAGUUUGUUGUGGAUCUUGACAAAUCCAUUGAUAUCAAUGAUGUAACAGCAAACUCGCGGGUUGCUUUGAGAAAUGACAGUUAUACAUUACAUAAAAUAUUACCAAACAAAGUUGAUCCUUUGGUAAGUUUAAUGAUGGUGGAAAAAGUGCCUGACUCAACAUAUGAAAUGGUCGGUGGUUUAGAUAAACAAAUUAAAGAGAUAAAGGAAGUGAUUGAACUCCCUGUAAAACAUCCAGAAUUGUUUGAAGCUCUUGGUAUUGAUCAACCUAAGGGUGUGUUGUUAUAUGGUCCACCUGGCACUGGUAAAACUCUUCUUGCUAGAGCCGUCGCUCAUCACACAGCUUGUACUUUUAUUCGAGUAUCAGGUUCAGAACUUGUGCAAAAAUUCAUUGGUGAAGGUGCAAGAAUGGUGAGAGAACUCUUUGUCAUGGCAAGAGAGCAUGCCCCAUCAAUAAUAUUCAUGGAUGAAAUAGAUUCAAUUGGUUCAUCACGAAUAGAGUCUGGUGGAUCAGGGGACAGCGAAGUACAGCGAACUAUGUUGGAAUUAUUGAAUCAACUUGAUGGAUUUGAAGCAACCAAAAAUAUCAAGGUAAUUAUGGCAACAAAUCGAAUAGACAUCUUAGACUCCGCCUUACUUCGACCUGGGCGUAUUGAUCGAAAAAUUGAAUUUCCUGCACCAAAUGAAGAGGCUCGUUUAGACAUUUUAAAAAUUCAUUCGCGUAAAAUGAAUUUAACCAGAGGAAUAAACCUUCGUAAGAUUGCUGAAUUAAUGCCAGGUGCCUCUGGAGCUGAAGUGAAGGGUGUUUGUACCGAGGCUGGAAUGUUUGCGUUACGGGAGAGAAGAGUGCAUGUGACACAAGAGGAUUUUGAAAUGGCCGUAUCAAAGAUCAUGCAAAAGGAUUCAGAAAGAAACAUGUCGGUGAAGAAGCAAUGGAAAUAAAUACAUUAUCUGUGAAAUGGCUUUGUUAUCGUUUUACAAUGAACUAAAUUUUCCUAUAAACCGAUGAAAAAGGCAGCAUUAGUUGAAACAUUGAUUCGUGUGUUGCUGUGCUGGCUUUAUGUCGAAUAUUUUGGUAGCGUUUUCGCAUUUUAAAAACGCGUGUUAAUGUUAUGCAUGUCACGUGCAUAUACCAUAGUUCUUUGGGGAACUGUUGGUCACGUGGAACCAGAGAGGAUUUAAUGUGCAUCUAAAUCGUUUCUAGUUUAGCGAAUAAACUUUUAUGUGAGAAA